GACGCUGCACAGCGUUUAGCUGCCCGUUACCAUAGGAAAGAAGGAGGCGUACUUGGUAUAGCCAACGCACUCCGCAAUUGACCGAAGAGGGCCAGCCACUGACUCGGCGUUGCCGCCGCCUCCUAAAACGCAGCGCAAAUGGAGAGCAUAUCCCCCCAAACGAGAAGCUGUCCGCGAAACGAGCCGUGCGUCGUCUGACGCUGCGCCGGCCGGCCCUUGAGGAUUUAGGACGCGCGUUUGAGCCGUAUAUUGGAAGCUCAUUCGUGGGCCGGACGUUUCUGUCAGCGGGGAUCCUGAAUCGCAUGCUGCUAGCAUGGACGAGAACAAUCAAGUACCCGAAGACCUGUCGUCGGAGGAGCGUGAUGAGCUGCGUAACAUCCGUCGCAGGAAGAAGGAGCUGCUGGAUGAUAUUGAACGGCUGAAGUUUGAGAUAGCAGAAGUCAUGACGGAAAUCGAGCAAUUAACCUGCGUGGGGGAAAGCAAAAGCACACAACGAAACAAACAGAUGGCCAUGGGGCGGAAGAAGUUCAACAUGGACCCCAAAAAGGGCAUCCGCUUCCUUCUGGAAAACGACCUCCUCCACAACACGCCUGGGGACAUCGCGCAAUUUCUCUACAAAGGGGAGGGGCUUAACAAGACGGUGAUUGGGGACUACUUAGGGGAACGCGAUGACUUCAACAUCAAGGUGCUCCAGGUUUUUGUGGAGCUUCAUGAGUUUGCGGACCUCAACCUCGUUCAAGCCUUAAGGCAGUUCCUGUGGAGCUUCAGACUUCCUGGCGAAGCGCAGAAGAUUGAUCGAAUGAUGGAGGCCUUUGCCUCUCGCUACUGUCAGUGCAAUCCUGGCGUCUUCCAGUCCACAGACACCUGCUACGUGCUUUCAUUUGCCAUCAUCAUGCUGAACACCAGCUUGCACAACCCUAACGUCCGAGACAAGCCGCCCGCCGAGCGCUUCAUCUCCAUGAACCGGGGCAUCAACGAGGGCGGGGACCUGCCAGAGGAGCUGCUCAGGAAUUUGUACGAGAGCAUCAAGAGCGAACCGUUCAAGAUCCCAGAGGACGACGGCAACGACCUGACGCACACGUUCUUCAACCCAGACAGGGAGGGCUGGCUGCUCAAAUUAGGUCGGUGGCGGCGUUUCAUUCACCCCUGCCGAGCUUCCUUCGCACGAGGCCGAGUGAAAACCUGGAAGAGGAGGUGGUUCAUCCUGACGGACAACUGCCUCUACUACUUUGAAUACACAACUGACAAGGAGCCCCGAGGGAUUAUUCCCCUGGAGAACCUCAGUAUCAGGGAAGUGGAGGAGCCCAGGAAGCCGAACUGCUUCGAGCUGUACAACCCGAGCCACAAGGGUCAGGUGAUCAAAGCCUGCAAGACGGAGGCGGACGGCCGCGUGGUGGAAGGCAACCACGUGGUCUACCGAAUAUCUGCGCCCACGCCCGAGGAGAAGGAGGAGUGGAUCAAAUCCAUCAAGUAAGAGCAAAAGGCCAGUAUCAGCAGGGACCCCUUCUACGACAUGCUGGCCACCAGGAAAAGACGCGUCGCUAGCAAGAAGUGAAGCGUAUGGCUGCAAUAGCCGCCAAGAUGGUGAUGUGUUUAUUUUUUUAGGGGGGGGGUUGAAGUGAGUUGUACCUGGUGGAAGAGCGACAAGGUGUGCACUCGCGCAGACUUUUUGCAUCGGCCUCCUCCCUCGCCUCAUUUUACUAAAACAUCCUUCAGAUGCACAUGCAUGUGGGCCAUCUGAGACCCACGUGCCUGCGCAUGCAUGCGUGCGUGCGUGAGAGAGAUCCUCGCCACUGUGCUGCAUGACAGAGACAUCCAAAAAACGCCAUGAGUCAGCUGGACUGAUUUCCUCCACUAGUGAAGGGCAGACAAUUAUUAACUUGCAUUUGUGUUUGUGAUGCAAAGUCAGUCAAGUUUUUUUAGGGCUACACUGAAAAGAAAAAAAAACCAAUACUUGGAGAGCAAAGCCAUCAUUUUCACCAAAAAAACUAACAUAAGGAGACAAAUGUGAGUUUUAAUGUA